AAAUAAGAAAAAAUUAGAAUGAAAGUAAAAACGCAAGAAAUCGACGGAAAAUUGUGAAAAAGUGCAAAAAGUUCUAAUUACAAAUAGCGGUGGACUAAGUGAUUACAAUAAAUUAAAUAAUCCAAUUGGUAACCGAAAAUUUACGUCACAUUUGUGUAUAAUAAAAAAUGAGAUUUCGUCGUGUGGUCGAUUUUGAAAUUACAAGAAUGAAAAUGCAUAUAGUGUGAAAAGCGAAAAGAAAAUUCCUCCCAACAACAAAUGCAGCAGUGGCAAAGCAACUCAUACGGCCGCGCCCCCAAGCCCACUUACUGCCAGGAAGAAUAGCACUGGUGGUCAUAGUGAUUCCCUUGCAAAAGAAAAUUCUUAUAUCGCGUUGCAUAUAAAUCGAGAAACAAGUUUAGUUAUAGGAAAAGUUACGAAUUUUACAAGCAGCAAAUAGAUAACGUGCAAGUGUAUUAGCAUUCCUUUAUUAUAUUGUGUUGUCGGGUGGUUGUGUGAUCAAACGAUUAGGGGAUAGCAAGUCAGUGGCGAGUGCCACAAGAGCUGUGACGACAACGAGUCGGUCGGUGGGUUAAGGUGGAGGGGGGUUGCCAAAAGGUAUUUGAACAAUUUUUCGCCAAACCCACUUACCUACUUUAACACUAGCACAUUAGCUGAAAACAAUCAGCCGCUUGCGUAGUCGGCUAAUACAACCUUCAGCAAGUCAAAACAAAUAAUAGAUUCGGAGUAAUGGCCGCACAACUCGAUCCGAAUGUCAAGGACGACUUGAAGACUCAGUUCGUGACGCGUGAAGGCACCUACCGGUUACUCACGCUGUCUGAGUACUCCCGUCCAAAUCGUGUUGGCUACAAUACCAAUCAAAGUUCACCGCAAGUGCGUGUUUCCAUUGUGUCGCUGCCUAAUAAUAACCCGUGUCCAAAUACAAUAAGUGGCACAAGCGGUGGUGGUAGCACCGCUGUAGCUGGCUCUAUAAAUGGCAAUGUGAAUGGUUCUGCAACAAAUAAUUCCAAAGGAAGUGGUGAUGGUUCUGCGAAUGGUAGCAAUGCGUCCGCCACUGGUUCUUUAGUGAAUGGUCAACAACAGGCUGCUUACGGUGUGCCAGCUACCAUGGAUGCGCGACUUGGUGCGGGCAUUUCUAUGCAUACAAUGAUCAACGGUGGCUCGGAUGGACAAAAUGGUCUGGCUAGUCAAAUCUAUGGAGGUGAUCGGAUUUGUUUCAAUUUCGGCAGGGAAUUAUACGUCUAUGCAUUUAGAGGAGUGAAAAAGGGUGCAGAAAUGACCAAACCGAUCGACAAGAAGUUCUAUAAAGGCACCAAUCCGAGUUGUCAUGACUUCAACGCGACUACAGCCACCUCGACUGGCGCGCCGCUGCUCGUCGGUUUCACCACAGGGCAAAUCCAGCUCGUUUCCCCACAGCCAGGACCACGUGAGCUGCGCAAGCUAUACAAUGAAGAGCGGCUGAUUGACAAGACCAAAGUGACAUGCCUGAAAUGGUUACCGAAUUCACCGAAUUUAUUUUUGGCUUCGCACGCAUCAGGCAAUCUGUAUUUAUACAACGAGGACCUCCCUUGCACACCGACUGCGCCCAACUAUCAGCCCUUUAAAAUGGGCGACGGCUAUACAAUACUCACCUGCAAAUCGAAAUCGACGCGUAAUCCACUGUACAAAUGGAUAUUCAACACCGAGAAUUGCUGCAUCAACGAGUUUUGCUUCUCGCCAUGUGGUUCCAAUUUGGCCAUCGUCUCGCAGGAUGGCUUUCUGCGUGUCUUUCACUAUGACACCAUGGAGUUGCUGGGCAUAGCGCGUUCCUAUUUCGGUGGCUUUUUGUGUGUGUGUUGGUCGCCAGACGGCAAAUACAUUGUGGUCGGCGGCGAAGAUGACCUGGUGACGGUGUGGUCGCUGCACGAACGACGUGUAGUGGCACGCGGUCAAGGUCAUCGUUCAUGGGUGUCCGUGGUGGCAUUUGAUCCCUACACCACAUCGUACACCAACUGGGAUGGCGGUGACUUUUCCGACGACGAAAAUCAAAUGAACGAAUACGGCAUUGGGCGAGAGGCGCGUUUCUCGGCCGAUUCAACGGCUAAUGGCUUCGAUUACAUACCCGGUGUCAGCAGCAUUGCGCAUGAGAAGAACUCCACACCGAAUCAUACACGACAGCGGCCACAUUCAGCAUCGUUUCGUUCGGAUGCAUCGUCAUCAGCGGCGCUGGCACCGGAUAAACUGGCGAUUAGCUAUCGUCUGGGCUCGGUCAGUCAGGAUACGCAAAUUUGUCUGUGGGACAUAACAGAGGAUGUGCUGAGACACCCAUUGUCGCUGCGUCAACGAGUCAAUAGCGUUAAUUUGAAUGAUACUAGUUAUAUGAACGGCGGUAUCGAUGCGGAUGGCAUCAAAGUGAUACGGCCAAUAGCCAUAGGUAAUAUAUCGGCACCAUUCUCACCACCACAACACACCAGCAGUCCAACGAAAGAAACAGUAGCGCCUGAGAACAACAGCAACAGCAGCUCAAGUAAAUUUUCUACAGCGAACUGCACCAUAUCAUCGCAAUCGUCGAACGCCAAUACGCCACCGGAUGAGGCAAUGCCAGCCGGCAGCAAUACAACAGGGAAUAGCAACAGUAACAUCAAAGCAAACAAUACCAACAACAAGGUGAAUGCAACAGGUAACUCAAUAAAAUUUCCCAACUGCAUCAGUGCCACCAAAUCGGACUCCAUUGAAGGUAACAACAAGGACACAGCUUCGACAGUCUCCACGUCCGGCUACAACAGCAAGAACUCGAAUAGUUCCACCAAGUCUUCAGAUUCGAGCGUCUCGGCAUUCAACAGCCUCACGCAGCGCUUUUCGAAUUUCAGCUUUCUAAGCAACUCGGACAAGAAGACGACCUCCUCAAUAACUGGUUCCUUUGAUGCGUCACAAAUUGCGGCGACGCAUCGCACACAUCGUAAGGGCAUGAGUCUGCUCAAGUCCAACAACCAAACGAAUAACAGCAAUCACAACCACCAAGCAUAUGGUGCGGGUAGCAGCGCGACAGCCAGCGGCAACGACCACAAUAGUGGCAGCGGCGGCGGCGGCAUUGGCAACAGCAGCACGACGGCGCAUAGCUUCGGUUCACUUAAGCUGGGCAAAUCCAAUACACAUUCACACAGCUCAUCGUUGAGCGCAGCAUCCAAUGCUGUAGUGACUUCCUACGAUCCCAUGAAACUGAUCGGCACACCCUCGUGUCCACGCUUCGACGAAUGUCCACUGCUCGAGCCGCUGAUAUGCAAGAAAAUCGCGCAUGAGCGUCUCUCGGCGUUGAUAUUUCGUGAAGAUUGCUUCCUAACCGCGUGCCAAGAUGGCUUUAUCUACACAUGGGCCCGGCCCGGCUAUGCAACCCAAAAUGUACCACAGCAUUUAUCACCAAGUCAAGCGGCGCCUCCCGGUGGUACGGUAAUAUAGUUCGAUAAAAUAAAUAUGAACAACUAUGCACAGAAUCGCAUAAGGAGCAGUCGCAUGUCAUUGGAAACGCCAGAAUAAAUUUACGAACUCAUGCGCGCCGGCCUAAGUCACAAAGUGAACGUUGAGAGUGCGUGGAUUUAAACUGGUGUGAGAUUUAUGCAUGCAAAAUACACUUGGAAAGUAAAAACAAAAAGAAAAUCAGAAGCAAAAUUUAUAUAUAAACAAAACAAACAAAAAUACCAUUUAAACGUCAUUUAAAAUGACGGCGAUAAAACUAUAAACCUAUUUUCAAAUAUUCCACUGUAAUUAGCAUAAAUAUAUAUAUACAAGCAAAGUAUGUAAAACAAUACUAUUAUGCAUAUAAAUAUAUUAAAUAUUUUUAGUAAUCUUUAAGUCAACUUGUUGAAAGCAAAAACAAAGAUAUAAAAUAACGAAAAUGGAAUGAAACAGCAAAACAGGAAAACAAAAACAAAUAAAACAUUUAUUUAAUACUAAGGUAUGCAAAUAGUGAGCACACACUUACACACAUACACCAUAACGCAUAGUAAACGCGCGAACAAUAAAACAAUAAACUCACUAAACAAAAAACUGCAGCGAAAGGAAAGAAGCUUAGCAAUAGCAAACUAUUUAGAGUGCUUUAGAAAGCAGCGUGCGUCACGUCAGCGUCUACUUCAGUGCACAACAAAGUCGUACAUAGUAUAUUUCUAGAGAAUAUUUCGUAGUGUGUAAUUGUGUUUGUGCGGUGAAUUUUGUUAUAUUACAAAAAUAUAUGCGAAAUGCAGUAGAACUGAAACUUUGAACGAUUAAGCAGUCGCUUGUUAAAAUCGAAUGUAUAGUAGACUAAAUAGAUUUCACAAUUAACCACGCCGCCGCAUACACUCACACACACACAGAAAUGUCCCCAUCUGCAGGUAUUUCACGUCACAAAGUACGCAAAGCGGUAAUUGUUAAAGUUAUAGCCAGCGCUUUGCACGCCUCCUGCGUCGAGAUGCGCUACAACACAGCAAUGCUUCAGGGCUCGCGCUGCAAGCCGACGAAGCGCAGCUAAAUGUUGUUGCUGCUGCAGCACUGCGUCGAGUUAAAGUUGUUGUUUCCGUGUUUAUUGCAAAUCAUUUCGAACCGUUUUUGCUUAACUAAUUUAAUUGAAUUUAUUUUCCAUGUUGUAGUAUCCUAGUAUCCUAGAGAAAUCGCUUUAAUUAUAAAAUGUGCAUUACUAGUAGUUUAUGUUGGGCAACGCUAUGUUAAUAAUGUGUUAUAAAUAUAUAAAACAAAACAAAAAACAAUAAUGAAUUCAUAUACCUUGUAUGUAUGUAUGUAUAUACUGUAUGCUAUAUAUAAAUAUUAUAUAUAGUAUAUAUGUUUUUGAUUUUAUGCUCUUAUUUAUGUAUGUAUUAAAGUCAUAUCAUUAAAAUUGCAAAUUUAUUGAUUAGUUGUAGUGCGUUGAACGAUGUAGUGGCGUCUUGUCGAGGAGCAGUUCGGUACGUGCGACGAUUGCUUUUUGGGUGAAUUUGUAUGGCUACUGUUAAUAAGUUAAAGAGCGUUAAUUACAGGGAGAAAGAGCGAGAGAGCGAAAGCGCGUGUGAAAAUUGUUAAACGCUGUUUUUUUUUUUAUUAUUUAAGUUUUUGCUUAAGUGUAUGUACAUAUAUGAUAACAAAAAAUAUAGAAAUUAUAAAAAAAGAAAAUUGCUGUGGUGACUUUAAAAUCUUGAUUUAAUUAGCUACUUCUUGUGCGCUGCCGCAGCAUUGAAAUCUCGUUAUAUUUUCGUUAAUAACGGGCUUUCAAAGUUUUCCAACAACUACAAGUGCUCUAAUUCAGUUGAUUGCGUAUAAUUGGGAGUUUUCUCUUGUUGUUGUUGCUGCAAUAUAAAGCAUUCCGCAAAUAUUUUGGAUAAAUUCUUGCAGCUUUUAUGUAGACCCGACUGCCUAAAAAAUUAUAUACAGUUGAACUUCCCUAACUCGGAUCACCAUAAUCCACACAAAAAACUUCCGAGUUGAAAGACUUCGAGUUAUGACAGGAAAUUUGUAUGAUUUCUCUCAAAAAUCUUUAAAUUUUUUUGAUUUUGUAUUUGAUAUUUAAUUUCCAUGGACAUACAUUUGCGACAUGUUCUUGUUUUGUUAAAGCAUAAAUCAUUGUUGUUGUCUUAUUGUUGCUCUUCAGUUGCUAAACCUGGUUACAGCACUUACUUCGAUUCCGCUGACAUCAAAAAUGCUAAAUUUUCUCCGAGCGAAUAGGGGUUAAAUUUAUAUUUUAUUUUGCGGUGAAAAUACAGCAGUGAGUUCGUUUCGUUGAAAUUGUGAGCCGUAACAAACCUUCCUCAAUAAUAAUUUGCCUUACUAAUUGUAUGUAUGUAUAUUUCUUUUGGUUAUGUAUGUAAAAUAUAUAAAAAUUUAAUGUAAAAAGUGUACAAAGUUAUGAUUUGAUUAUUUGAAGAAUAAAAAAAUUAUUAAACGAGAAAAUUAUACUAAAUUUAUAGAGCAUCUGGUUGAAAUCAAUUAGAAAACUUGUGAAAAUCACUAACGGUAAAAUGUUACAGCAAAAAUACGAAAGUGCAAACUUGCGGAGAAGAUUUUAAAAAUUGGAAAAUGUUUUUUUUUUUUUUUUUUAAUAUUUGUUUUUAAUUUUUUUUUUUUAAUUUAUGAAAAUUAAAUACAUAUGUAUAUGUAUACCAUAGAGUGGUGUAACCAUGAUCUUUGAUUGCUUACAGAAUAGUUUGGACUAAUUUAUUGAAAUCGAAAAUAAGCGAAUGUAAGAAAAAAAUUUCGCCUGCGCUGUUGAGUUGAGUAAUAGUUAUAGAAAUCAUAGACUCUUUAUCACAAUGCAAAUUUUGUUGAAAUAUUACACACAUACACACGCGUACACACACAUAUAAUGCAUCAUUGUAAUGAAAUUAACAUUUAAAAGAAUGAAAAACUACGAAACUCUAAACAUAAACUAACAAAAUAAAUAAAAAUUUAUAUAAAAAUUAAAAAAAACUUAGCAAAUAAAGCAGAAAGCUAGCUUAACAUUAACAGCAAGUUUGUUAUAGACAAUUGAGCAUAUUGCAGUGCAUAAACGAUAACAACAAAUAUUUCUGUACAUACUUGUAUGUAUGUAUAUGUAGUAAAGUGUGCUGUAGUGCAAUUCAAAUACGAAUGCGUAAGCGUACAUUAUACUUUCUAGCAUAAGUUAUUAAAACAUAAUUAAAAUAGUACUGACAAUGAUGUAAGCGUUUAUGCCGGUGAAGACGACAAUGAAAUUCAAGUCAUGUGUGAGAUGAUGCAAUCUACAUACAUACACGUGUAAACAGUAGUGUGCAUGCAAAUGUAAAUAUGUAUACAAGUGCGUUUGCAAAACAUCCGAUGAAAGUUUUCAUAUAAUUAAAGAGACUAAAGAAUUCAAUAAAUAUUAUUAUUACAAAAUAAAGUCUUUCAAAUAUA